UAGAGUCUGUUGUGUAUGAUUAAGAGAAAUAUGGAUUUAUACAGUAAAAUACUCAUCAUUCUGCCGAUAUAUACUCAUACUCUCUGAAAAGAUGAUAUGUUGCAUGCAAAUGGAUAUCCACCUGUGGAUCAGGGUUUUGUUGGUCUACCAUGGCAGCACGCAGGACUUCAGCAGCAAGAAAGAAGAGGUUGCAAGAAGUUUUCCACUGAAACAGCCUGGGGACUGUAAGCUCUGAGAAUCAAAUAUACUUUUAAGGAAUUUAAUGGCACCGUAAAAUGAAGAAACAUUGUAAUAAUAAGAAACAGGUAAGGGAGUUUUCAUGGUGGAUGUAGUCUAUGGUGAAACUAGUUGUUGAAACAGCGUUUAACUGUUACUUGACAUCCUGGGAUGGAAUUGUUUUCUGCACUGAAAUGCACAAAAUCAAAGGUUUGACAAUGUAAUUAUCUCCAAAAGUAUCACAAAGAUGGGACGCAUCACAACUUUCCCAUGGAUUUUGGCAUUUUGUGCACUUAAGGAAUAAUUUACAACAGUAUUACUUCAUGAACCGAGAGGAUUACCUUUAUUAAACCAACAUGUCUCUGAACCGGGUCCACGCAACAGACACACAGCAGUCUGCAGAGUACUCAGUGGAGUAUUCAGUGCAGGUCCCCGGUGAUCCGGGUCAUGGAGCGGGUCGGACGCGCGAAGUGACCGUGCUCCAGUCGAGCUGCUGCCGCUGCCUGCCGCGCGCAGUGCGCCUCACUUUUACGCCAGAGUCACUGGAGGGGCUUUACCAGAACUACUUCCGCCGACAGAGACAAGAUAACAUGCUGGUGUUGGCGAUGUUUGCUGCUCUUUUCAACAGCUUCAUCAUCAUCAUGUGCGCGGUAGUGUACACUGAGGACAAACUGGCGAUGGUGGUGGUCGCAGCUGUGGGGCUGGCUGCGGACGUUGUGCUCUACGUGCUGUGCUGGCUACAGAAGCUCCCCGCAUCACCAGUCUUACGCAGAGCAGUACCGUACAUACUGUGGCUGAUGAUCACCGUCCACGUUUUGUGUUACCUGGGUCUGAACCACCAGCGUUUCCCCCAAGCCAGUGACUCUGUGGGCUGGCAGGCCUUUUUCAUUUUCUCCAGCUUUCUGACACUCCCACUGAAGCUGGUGCCGCUGCUCCUGCUCACGGCCCUCUCCUGUGGGAUACACACCCUUGUACUUGGGCUGGCUGUGGCUCUAAGGUUUGAGGAUGACCUGCAGGGGCCCAUGCUGGUGAGACAGCUCCUGGCCAACGUGAUGCUGUACCUGUGUGCAGCCACAGUGGGUGUGAUGUCGUACUACAUGGCAGACAGGAAGUACAGGACAGCUUUUUUGGAGGCUCGUCAGUCACUAGAGGUCAAACUCACGCUGGAGGAGCAGAGCACCCAGCAGGAGGAACUAUUAUUGUCCAUCCUGCCCAAACACAUCGCCGACGAGAUGCUGCAGGGCAUGAAGAACCAGGCCAAUCAGAAUGAGGUCCAGCAUCAGCAGUUCAACACCAUGUACAUGUACCGCCAUGAAAACGUCAGUAUCCUGUUUGCUGACAUAGUGGGCUUCACCCAGCUGUCCUCAGCCUGUAGUGCCCAGGAGCUCGUAAAGCUGCUUAAUGAACUGUUUGCCCGCUUCGAUAAACUGGCAGCACAAUAUCACCAACUGAGGAUUAAGAUCCUCGGAGACUGUUACUAUUGCAUCUGCGGUCUUCCUGACUUCAGAGACGACCACGCCGCCUGCUCCAUAAUGAUGGGCCUAGCCAUGGUGGAAGCAAUCUCGUACGUGCGAGAGAAGACUAAAACCGAAGUGGACAUGCGUGUGGGCGUUCACACAGGCACCGUGCUGGGAGGAGUACUCGGCCAGAAGAGGUGGCAGUUUGACGUCUGGUCCACAGAUGUCACCGUAGCCAAUAAGAUGGAAUCCGGAGGGAUUCCUGGGAGGGUGCAUAUUUCCCAGACCACCAAGGACAGUCUGCAUGGAGAAUUUGAACUGGAGCCGGGGGAUGGAGGAGAGAGGUGCGAGUACCUGCUGGAGAAAGGCAUUGACACUUACUUGGUUCUAGUGCCCAAACAGGUGGCAAAUGCGCUCAGUGGAAAUAAACCAGGCACAAUGUCCAACAGAAAUUCAAACGAGUUGAUCAACACUAAAGCAACCAAUGGGAACGCAGCCUCACCACAAUCCACGCCCACUGAGUCCAAACAGGAGAGGAACAAGAUGGUUGAGGAACAAGUGAUCAACAGACGACUGCAGCAGGAGCUGCUGGAGAGAGAAACUCAGCAAAUAAUGAAGGAUCAUCAGAUCAACCCUGUGUCGUUGCGUUUUCUGGACGGGAAGUUGGAGGAGCACUACUCCUCAGAGAAGGAGAAGCGAAGCGGAGCGGCCUUCUGCUGCUGCAUCAUAGUGCUCUUCUUCAUUACAGCAAUGGAGGUGUUCCUAGACCCACUGUUGGCUGUGAACUAUGUGACUCUUGCAAUAGGAGAGGUAUUGUUGCUUAUCCUAGCAGUGUGCUCCCUGGCUGCCAUCUUCCCCAGGAUGUUCUCCAAGAGGUUGGUGUCUUUCUCAAUGUGGAUUGAUCGCACACGGUGGGCGAGAAACACAUGGGCCAUGGCAGCCAUAUUUGUUCUUACCAUGGCUGUGAUCGCUGACAUGCUGAGCUGUGUUCCACCGUCCCUUCGAGUCUUCAACAGUACCUCUGGCCCCAUGUUGGAGUCACUCGGUGACCGAGGCUGUGCAGAGAAUCCGAAGCACUACAGCUUCAUGGCUGUGAUGUCACUCAUCGCCACUGCCAUGUUGGUACAGGUCAGCCACCUGAUUAAACUGGGACUCAUGGUGCUGGUCGUCACAGCAACUGGAGCUGUUAAUAUAUACAGCUGGCGGGACAUAUAUGACUUGUAUGACUAUAUACAGUUUGCCUCAUACAGAACAUCCAUAGUGCCAUCCAAGUACCUCAUGACCAUGAUGAUCAUUGUCAUGAUGAUUGGCUUCUACUUCUUUGCCCGCCACUUGGAGCGUCAGUCCAGGAAGCUGUUCUUAUGGAAGAUUGGUGUGCACGACCAGAAGGAGAGGGUGUUUGAGAUGAGACGCUGGAACGAAGCGCUGGUCACCAACAUGCUGCCGGAGCAUGUGGCCAAACACUUCCUGGGCUCUAAGAAAAGAGAUGAGGAGCUGUACAGCCAGUCUUACGAUGAAAUAGGUGUGAUGUUUGCUUCCAUCCCCAACUUUUCUGAUUUCUACACUGAAGAAAGCAUCAACAACGGAGGCAUUGAGUGUCUCAGGAUUCUCAAUGAGAUCAUCUCAGACUUUGACAGCUUAUUAGACAGGGAUGAGUUCCGCUGCAUCACUAAGAUCAAGACAAUAGGAAGCACCUACAUGGCCGCCUCAGGACUCACUCCAGAGAGCAACACGAACGGAUACAGCAACCGUAAGCCAGAGGACCAGUCACUAAUUGAGCGCUGGCAGCACCUCGCUGAGCUGGCAGACUUUGCCUUAGCUAUGAAAGUCACCCUCAACAACCUCAACAAACAGUCCUUCAACAACUUCAUGCUCCGAAUCGGUCUGAAUAAGGGGGGAGUUUUGGCUGGAGUGAUUGGAGCUCGUAAACCUCACUAUGAUAUCUGGGGCAACACGGUCAACGUAGCCAGCAGAAUGGAGUCCACCGGAGUGAUGGGAAACAUCCAGGUGGUGGAGGACUGCUAUGACAUCCUGAAGGGGUAUGGCUUCCGCUUUAUCCGAAGAGGGCCCAUAUUUGUCAAAGGGAAAGGGGAGCUGCUAACCUUCUUCAUGAAAGGAAAAGACAAACCCAGUAGCAAUGGCGGUCCAGUGACCACCACCCUUCCACACCAAGUUGGGGACCUUCCUUGACUAUUUUCACCUGGUGAAAGGCCAUUAACACAAGGAUAAGCCUGGGCAGAAUGUCUCAUAUACACCGGUUAUUAAACUAGAUCUUUUUCAUACGCUCUGUAGCAAUGUAAAGCAUAUGGAAGUAGACCAACACAACAAAAUAAUACUAUUACUGUAUGAGCAUUACAACUGUGAAAUACCACUUCAUUGACAAAGGAAUUUGAUUCCAUAUAGUUGUACAUAAUUCAGGAAUACAGUUGACAGUCUCACAGAGCUCCUGCAUUAAAGGUUUUAUCACAUUGCACUUGAUUCAUAGAGUGCUAUGAGAAGAAGCUUGAAACAGACAUAUAAAUUACUUUCCUUUGUUGUUUUACCUUGAGCUCAGGUUUUGUAAAAUAAUGUAGCUUAAUCACUCUGUAUUUAUACUGUGUUAAUAAAACAUGUUUGAACUAAA